AUCCAACCUAAUAGCCGUAGGGAAACACAAACGUUGCCUUAGCAACGAGCUAGGGCGCGUCAAGAGUUAUGGUUAUCAACAGGUUUAAUUUCAGCAUUAAUUAUAGAAAACUUAACUAAAAUACACGAUGGAAACAACAAGCAAUUCUUCCGUGUUUCUUCUUACGGUGAACGGACAAAUUGAGGGAGCGAACUUCCCAGAUUAUGACCAUUUAUACUGUAAAUAUUGUUACGUCUACGGCCAUGACUGGGCUCCCACCACAGGUUUGGAGGAAGGCAUCACUCAGAUCACCUCUAAAAGCUCCCAGUCUCACAAGUUAAUAUGGAACUUCCCUUUGGAGACAACAUUCAAGAGUACAAAUCCUUCUGGAUGGCCUCAGCUCGUGGUGAGCGUGUACGGACCGGACGUUUUUGGCAACGAUGUGGUCAGGGGUUAUGGAGCAACGCACAUUCCAUUCACACCUGGACAACACAUAAAAACCAUCCCGAUGUUUGUUCCCGAGCCCACAUGGAGACUUCAGAAGUUCACAGGCUGGUUGCUAGGACGACGACCCGAGUACACCGACCCCAAAGUGGUGGCACAUGGGGAAGGCCGAGAAGUGACGAGGGUUCGAUCUCAGGGCUUCGUCACCGUCUCCUUCCACAUAAUGACCAAAGACAUGAAGAGGAUGGGCUACGACAUGGGACCGAUGAACUCGUCAACCGUCCAGUCCACCACUUCCAGUCAGUCAGGAGAUGCACAAUAGUACGUGAAGUAACAUGAAAGCUAACUGGAGUCACUACAUAUCAGUUGUCAUUGUGACUGAACUCCAGCCCGGAUUGGAGUCCAAACACUGGAAACUCGGGGAGUCUGGUUUUGAGACCCCAGCUCAAAACCAGAGCUGUGCAUUCUGAUUGCUUCUCAAAGUUGCCUACAGAGUGAUAUCUGUGGAGGGGCUUGGUAAAAGCCUCAGACAAUGUUGGUGUUGCAUUCCUCGCCACAGGAGGCUGUGAUGUUAAGGGAGAGGUCCGUUGCCUUGUUGGGUCUACACAAAAUGUGAAUAUUGGUUAUAAAAUGUCAAAGCCCCAUGCUGAACGUUUGUAUUUUCAGCUUAACAUGUAGUUUUAAUUCUCGAGACAUGGACAAGUUCGCUUGCAACCCAUGGCUUCAUUGUGUGGAAAGGUUUCAGAUAAAUUUGAAAACUGAAAAUGUUAAGUCCAUUUAUUCACUGGAUAUUCUAAAUGUCAGAUCAUCACGAUUAGGAAAGUUUCAGAUUUUGUCAUCUUUUAAAAAAAAAAAAGUGUUAAAUACUUCCAGAUUUUUGAUACUAGCUCCUUAAUUUAAAGCUGUAAAAUUUGUUCAUUGAAUCCAUCUUUUAGUGGGAGUUCUCUGCCUACUUUCAGUUGUCAGAUUUAAAACCCUGGCUAAUGAGUUUGAGUUAUGAGAUCUGUUAUUUACUAAUAGCUCCUUUGUCACAGAGCAGAGUGUGUUUAAUUAGAUUUGGCUUAACAUUGGACACAUUUCCUAGAAUGUGCAUCUACAUAAUGGUUUUAAAUAGCCAGGGUGUAAAAGUAAGUUGGUAUCAAGUAAGUUAAAUGAAUGUCUAACUUUCCUUAAUUGACUUAGGUCUUACAUUUAACAUAUAAAAUGUCCUAAACUGAUGUUAAAACAUUUUACAAAAACCUUUAAGAAACAUUUUAGAAAAAGGUCUGGGAGCAUUUUUGCACCUUUCUUUGUCAACAGGACAAUACUUUAUCUUCUGUUAGAACUUUAUCAUCUUGCUGGAGAGCGCGGCAGCAACCCCACACUAAGUUUUCUGGCAGUGGCCACCAGAUUUUCAUGAAAAAUAUCCAGUGGUUUCAGACAGUUUCAUGAUGCAAUGGACUGAAUGAUUAUCCUAUUGUGAAUUUAUUGUCGAGCUUUACAUCAGAGGUGCCAACAGUUUUUGCAUUAACAUUCACUUUACACCCUUACUGCUGAUUGGUGUAAAACCAAGCAAUGCAGUCCAGAAAUAUAAACAACUUGAUGUCUGGUAGUUCUAGAUAUAAUCUGUAUUGUACGGUUGCACUUUUUUUAAGCAUUUUCAAAAUAAAUUCUAAUCCAAC